AUGGAUCGAGAUGUCCAGGUAGAAGAGGGCAGCAAAGUGGAGGACGAAACAGACAAGGAAAAGAAAGGCACUGAGAAGGAAGCGAAGGAAAACCCAACAAUGGAUGAGGAAGCUGGCGGAGGAGAGGAAAACAGGGCAGACCGGGUGGAAAACGGGGCAGGAGGGGACAGCACCAAAAUGGAAAUCGGAAUGACCGAGGAAAAGAAAGGAGCUGGGACAAAUGCGGAGCAAAACAGGACAGAAGAGGGUGGCAGAAUGGAGGACGGGACGACCACAGAAAAGGAAGGGGCUGCGAUGGAAAUGGAGGAAGACUCAGGAAUGGGUGGGGAAGACGCCGGAGAAGAAGAAAACGAGGCGGAUAGGGAGGAAAAUAAGGCAGGAGGGGAAGGAACGAAGGAGGGCCACAUAUGUGAGGGAGAAAACGGGGCAGAAAUCGAAGGGGGCAAAGCAGAGGGAGAUCAAAGUGAGACAGGCGGUACAAAAGGAACUGAAGAGGAAAAAAGCAAAGGAGGCAAAACAGGGAGGAAGCGGAGCAAGAAGGGCAGAAGGUCCAGCAAGAGUGAGACAAGUACGGCAGAAAUGGAUGCGAAGGAACGGAAUGCCGCUGAAGGGGGAAGCGACUCGGGCAAGGACGAGGGCACCUACAUCGUCGAGAAGAUACUCGCGGAACGUUACAACAAGCGGAAGAAGUCGUGUGAUUCGCUGAUCAAGGAAUUUCGCGCCCAGCAAAGAGAGAAAUGGGAAAACAAACGGCGCGCAUUAUGGAAAGAGUUGAUGCAUCCGGGCUCCAAAGGUGCUGCUCCUGCUGCUGCUGAAUCAAAGGAAAACUCGUCCACUCCACCUGCUGCAGAUUGCGCGGUAAAUCGUAGCUGUGAGACCCCGGACAGCACCCAUUCUGCACAAACUGCUUGCACUGUAACAACACGUUCCCGAAAACGACCCGCUUCUUGCACCGCAGAUUUGGCAGAGAAAUACAGCAUCACAUUUUCGAAUGAAAACGAAGAUGAUGAUAAUGAUGAAAGUCCACCGACACAAAGUUUGUUGCAUUUCUUUUUUCGCUUUUAA